AAUAAAAUAUCCAAAAUAAUUAAAUAAAUAAAACGAUUAAAUUUUUAAAAUCUUUUAAAAUUCCAACAAAUAUUUUGGUAUGGUUUUUGCUUUCGUUUUUUAAAGGACAUAAUUCAAACUAAAAAUGAAAAAAGAAAAAAAAUAGGAAAUAGGAAAACACAGUAAAGUAAACAAGAAAGCCACAUUUUACCAAGUUACUAAAAGGUUCACAUUUUCCCGUAGUAUGACGUGCACUAACGUGCACUACACAUGCAUCAUCGACAUGAAUAAUUGGUAGGCCUCAGCGAUACAAGCAAUAAUUAAAGUUGACAUACAAGUAUCAAAAGGUUCACAUUUUACCGUACUAUCACGGGCACUGAGUACUGAUGCCAUACAAGUAAUAAUUAUUGGUAGGCCUCGGAGAUACAACUAAUAAUUAAUGCUUUGAUAAAAAAUAAAUAAAAAAAUAAUAAUAAUAAUAAUUAAUGGGAACUAUAUUGGGGUUCUGUCGAGUCCAGCAUCAUUUUCAUGAGGAUCCUGGUGUUGGUUUUGAUAGACCUGGUGGGCUUCCACCGGUGGUUACUAGUUUUCUAACAAAUAAUGCAGUUUAGGGUUUCCCAAGCAACAUAUUGAGUUGUAGUGUAGAACUAGUACUGUAUUCAUUUCAAGUGAAGCUAGCUAUUCUUCUCCCUCUCUCUCUCCCGGGCUCCUACGUACUCAUCAUUUUUCGAUCGGAAUCUAAACCAACGUUGAAGUCCAUACAUGGAGCCGUUAACUAAUAGGGAAGUACCGACUGUAACGGAACUACCAUCACAGGAAAUGGAAGCGCAUCAUCAAAUACAGGACUCUGAGGAAACAGAUGGUGAUGCUGAUAACUUGCUCUUGUACCAGCAGCUGUACAGCUAUGCUACUCAAGGCAAAACAAAUAAAUUUCACGACACUAUUGAAAAGAAGCUUCGGGAUCCCAAUACUCGCGUUCAGUUUCUAUCUCGACGGAGCCCCCAGAAUAACACAUUCGUUCACAUAGCUGUGAGCUCCGGCCAUGUCGAACUAGCAGCCAAGAUCUUACAACAACACAAGCCCCUUUUGUUAGAGAAAAACUUUGAAGGCGACACCGCGCUUCACAUUGCAGCCAAAGCUGGGGAUGUAGAUACGACAACAAACACUCUUCUGCGUGAAGCACGAGGAACAACAGAUGUUGAAAAUACUGGUGAUGUAUUGACAUUACUGAGGAUGAAAAAUAAUGAGGAAAACACUGCCUUGCAUGAGACCCUGAUUCGAGGUCACCAAUUAGUAGCCAAGUGUUUGAUAGAGGCCGAUCCUGCCGUUUCACUUUACGUUAAUAAAGAACAAAAGUCCCCUUUGUAUUUGGCCGCUGAACAAGGGCUUGUUGAGAUAGUGAAGCUAAUAGAAGAAAAAGCAGUAAAGAAGAACACAAAAAUUCAAGGCAAGUCCCCGUUGUUUGCUGCAAUUCUAGGCCGCCAGAAAAAAGAAGUCCUAAAGAUAAUAUCAAACAUGGAAGCAAAUAUUUUGAACUCAAAAGAUGAGAAAGGGAGGACUCCACUGCAUUGUGCAGCAUCAAUUGGUUAUCUAGAAGGGGUUCGCUUCUUAGGCAAACGUCUCGUGGAUUCUCAUCGAAUGGAUAAUUGUGGGAACUUUCCGAUCCAUUUUGCAUCAAGCAAAGGUCAUGUUGACAUUGUUAAAGAGCUGCUUCUACAUUGUCCCGAUUCAAUGGAACUGAGGAACUCAAGUGACCAAAAUAUACUCCAUGUUGCAGCAAGAUGUGGCGAGGACAAUCUUGUCAAAUAUUUUCUCAAGAAUGUUGAGUUUCAAAUGUUGAUAAACCAAAAAGACAACAGAGGAAAUACUCCUUUGCACUUGGCAAAGAUGUACCAUCAUCCCAAGGUUGUGGACCUUUUCACUUUGGAUAGAAGGACCAACUUAAAGGUCUUGAAUGAUAGGGGCAUGACAGCUCUUGGCAUUUCAGAAAGCACUUUGGAAACUAGUGCAUCAUAUGAUGGGAUGAUACCUGCUGUAAAAGAAGAAGAAAAUGGCGUGAUCCAGUUAUAUUCUUCAGAACAAAAUCCGAGAGACUCAAGCAGCCUACCUGAACUUGAUCAAAUUUUGGUUGAGCCAGGCCCAGGUAUGGAAACAAAAAGAACUACUGCCGCGGCUGGUCAGAUUCAGACCAAAGCAGUAGCAACAGCUUGGUGGCUGAUAAAUAGACUGGUAAAUUGCUUGGAGUACCCAAGAACUUGGUUGGAAGAUACACGUGGCAUGCUGAUGAUUGUGGCAACCAUGAUAUCAACCACAACUUUCGAAGCUGCAGUUAAUCCACCCGGUGGUGUUUGGCAAGACAAUAAAAUAAAUAGUAGCGCAGGAAAUGCUACUUAUUGCACCGAUGAUAAGAUAUGCUUGGCUGGAACUUCAGUGGCAGGCAGCGGCUUCCCAAAAGACUUCCUCGAGUUCGUAAUACACAAUACCAUCUCGUAUAUUUCUUCUCUCAGUGUCACCCUUUUGCUUGUUGGCGGAUUUCCCCUCCGGAAUCGUGUAAUUAUGUGGCUUUUAUCAAUGGCCAUGUGUCUCACUCUUACUUCUAUGGCACUCACCUAUAUACAUGCUCUUAUCAUAGUGUUCCCUAAUACUGAAAUUUACAAAUCAUAUGAAAAGAUAUCCCAGAUAUCCAUUGUGGUUUGGGUUACACUGCUUGGGAUCAUAGCUGCAAUCCACACCAUUCGUCUUAUCAUUUGGUUGGUGAGGAAGUUGUGGGGCAGGUUCAAGCAUAAGAUCCCAAAAAGCCUCAGGAACGUGAUUGAUAGUUUGGUGGAUAGUUCGAGAGCACGUCACCGUACCAAAAAAUUCUGAGGAGAAUACGCCUGUCUGUCGUUUCCUUGUGUAUUGGAGCAACUACACCAGAUUGCUAAAGUAAACCAUCUAUUUAAUGAUGAAGAAUGUGUUUAAGGAGAACCAGUAGGUCGUGUUUGGCUGGUGCCCUAGCCAAUGUUUGCCUUAAUUUAUUUCUGUUAGAACUUGGAUGCUAUGUAAUAUAUAAAGAUUCUAUGGAGCUGUAGUCAUGUUUAUUAACACAGAGAGCUUCCAUUUAGGGAUUCCUCAAAUUAGCUUAUUUGAGGGAU